UUUCCUACUGCCCUAGGCUUGAAGAUGCAGUGGACGCCAGAGCAUGCCCAGUGGCCAGAACAGCACUUCGAUAUCACUUCAACCACCCGGUCCCCAGCCCACAAGGUGGAAGCCUACCGGGGGCACCUGCAGCGCACGUACCAGUACGCCUGGGCCAACGACGACAUCUCGGCUCUGACCGCUUCCAACCUUCUGAAAAAGUAUGCAGAAAAAUAUUCUGGGAUUUUGGAAGGCCCGGCUGAGCGACCCAUUCUCAGUAAUUACUCUGAAGCUCCCUCAGGGCUGGUGAAUGGUCGGAAGAAUGAAAGUGAGCCUUGGCAGCCAUCCUUGAACUCGGAGAGCGUGUAUCCCAUGAACUGUGUCCCAGAUGUCAUCACCGCCAGCAAAGCUGGGGUAAGUGCAGCCCUCCCUCCCGCAGAUGUCUCAGCCAGCAUCGGGAGCUCUCCUGGGGUGGCCAGUAACCUGGCUGAACCCAGUUACUCCAGCAGCACCUGUGGAAGUCACACCGUUCCCAGUCUUCAUUCAGGGCUCCCAUCUCAGGAAUAUGCCACAGGAUACAACGGCUCAUAUUUGCAUACCAGUUACAGUGGCCAGCCAGCACCUGCACUUCCAUCCCCUCAUCCAUCCCCCUUGCACAGCUCGGGACUUUUACAGCCCCCACCACCACCACCGCCACCAGCCCUCGUCCCUGGCUACAACGGGACUUCCAAUCUUUCCAGUUACAGCUACCCUUCUGCCACUUAUCCUCCUCAAACCGCUGUUGGCCCUGGGUACAGCCCUGGGGGUGCCCCACCACCCUCAGCUUACCUGCCUUCAGGAAUCCCUGCUCCAACCCCUCUGCCCCCAACCACUGUCCCCAGCUACUCCUACCAGGGCCAUGGUCUGACGCCAAUCGCACCAUCUGCCCUGACAAACAGUUCAGCCAGCUCUCUCAAAAGGAAAGCUUUCUACAUGGCAGGGCAAGGAGAAAUGGACUCCAGUUAUGGAAAUUACAGCUAUGGCCAACAGAGAUCUACACAGAGUCCAAUGUAUCGAAUGCCAGACAACAGCAUUUCAAAUGCAAACAGAGGGAAUGGUUUUGACAGAAGUGCUGAAACAUCAUCCUUAGCAUUUAAGCCAACAAAGCAGCUAAUGUCCUCUGAACAGCAAAGGAAAUUCAGUAGCCAGUCCAGUAGGGCUCUAACACCCCCAUCCUAUAGUACUGCUAAAAACUCACUGGGUUCGAGAUCGAGUGACUCGUUUGGGAAGUAUAGCUCCCCAGUAAUGAAUGAGCACGGUGACGAGCACAGGCAGCUCCUCCCUCACCCACUGCAAGGCCCGGGACUUCGUGCAGCUACCUCAUCCAACCACUCUGUGGACGAGCAACUGAAGAAUACUGACACACACCUCAUUGACCUUGUUACCAAUGAGAUUAUCAACCAAGGACCUCCUGUGGACUGGAGCGACAUUGCUGGCCUAGAUCUAGUAAAGGCCGUCAUUAAGGAGGAGGUUUUAUGGCCAGUAUUGAGGUCAGAUGCAUUCAAUGGACUGACUGCUCUACCUCGGAGCAUCCUUUUAUUUGGACCUCGGGGAACAGGCAAAACAUUAAUGGGCAGAUGUAUAGCUAGUCAGCUGGGGGCCACGUUUUUCAAAAUCACUGGCUCUGGCCUUGUCACAAAGUGGUUAGGGGAAGGAGAAAAAAUUGUCCAUGCCUCCUUCCUCGUGGCAAGGUGUCGCCAACCCUCAGUGAUUUUUGUUAGUGACAUUGACAUGCUCCUUUCCUCUCAAGUGAGUGAAGAACAUAGUCCAGUAAGUCGGAUGAGAACCGAGUUCCUUAUGCAGCUGGACACUGUACUGACUUCUGCUGAGGACCAAAUAAUAGUAAUUUGCGCCACAAGUAAACCAGAAGAAAUUGAUGAAUCUCUUCGAAGGUACUUCAUGAAACGACUUUUAAUCCCACUUCCUGACAGCACAGCGCGACACCAGAUAAUAGUACAACUGCUCUCACAGCACAAUUACUGUCUCAAUGACAAGGAGGUUGCACUGCUUGUCCAGCGCACAGAAGGCUUUUCUGGACUAGAUGUGGCUCACUUGUGUCAGGAAGCCGUGGUGGGCCCACUCCAUGCCAUGCCAGCCACAGACCUUUCAGCCAUUAUGCCCAGCCAGUUGAGGCCAGUUACAUAUCAAGACUUUGAAAAUGCUUUCUGCAAGAUACAGCCUAGCAUAUCUCAAAAAGAGCUUGAUACAUACGUUGAAUGGAACAAAAUGUUUGGUUGCAGUCAGUGA